AUGUAUGUCGAGUGUAGCGUUAAAAAUGAUGCCAACGUCGACCUGGUGUUCACAUCGUUGGCAAGCAAGUUCGCCGAUCGCGUGCCUGUCCAACAGGAAGAGCCGGUACGUUUAGAAUCAGAGACAUUUUACCAGGUUCCCUGCUUUGUGUUUGACCUGUCGAUAAAGUCCAGCUUCGACAACAUCCAACGUUGGUUGAACCAGGUUCACGAAUAUGCUGGAGAAAAUGUUGACAUUGUACUGGUCGGCAACAAGGUUGACCUGGCCGAGAGUCGAGCCAUAGACCACGAGACGGCCUCAUCCCUGGCCCAGACCAUUGGGGCCAUGUAUGUUGAGUGUAGCGCUAAAACAGGGGGCCAACGUCGACCUGGUGUUUACAUCGCUGGCAAGCAAAGAGACAACUCUCAGUGUAAAUUGUGUUACAGAUGUCACGUGCUUGCUUCCAGUUGCUGUCUGGUCCAAGCAGACGAUACUGUGCUGAGAACAUAG